AUGGAUGAGAAAUGCUUUAUGUGGAGUCAUGUGAGACAUUUGAGGUCAAAGGCUAGGAGGGCAACUGCUAUUACAAAGCAAGAUAGGGAGUUCGCGGAGAACCUAGAUUAUAAAGGUAUAGACUUCCCUGUAAAGAUAAGCGAUAUUGAUAAAAUUGAGAGGAAGAACUCAAUAAGCAUAUCAGUGUUCGGUUAUAAGGGCAAAAAGCAGUUUUAUCCUAUCAGGAACUCUAAGACUAAAUAUGAUGAACAUAUGGAGUUGCUGUUGUUAGGUGACAACAACGGUGGUAAUCAUUAUGUCCUAAUAAAGGAUGUAAAUAGAAUGCUCUUCAGUGUCAGCGGUAACUCAAAUAAGAAGCACUUCUGCUUACAUUGCCUUCAUAGUUGCACUAGUGAGGAAACAUUAAAGAAACAUAGUGAGACAUGUGUUAGUGUAAAUGGAACUCAGGCCACGAAGCUUCCCAAUGCUGGUUCAAAAAUAAAGUUCGGUCAUUAUAGAAAUUCAAUGCCUGCUCCAUUUGUAAUCUAUGCUGACUUUGAAUCUAUGCUUGUUCCCGAGGAAAGGAAAGUGGAAUCAGAGGGCACUGAGGAGAAGAGUUCAACAGAGCUUUACCAAACACAUAAAGCUUGCAGUUUUGGGUUGAAGACAGUGUGUCACUAUGAUGAUCAGUACUCAGGUGAAUAUACGAGUUACGUUGGUGAAGAUGCUACAGAGGUCUUCCUGAAGACAGUUCUGAAGGAAUCUAUCAGGUGCCGGGAAAUGGUGAACAAAAUCUUCAAGAAAAAGAUGGUAAUCACACCUGAACAAGAAGCUGAGUUCUGGAUGACAAGAAACUGCUCCAUCUGCGGCUGUGACUUAGGUGAUGAUAGAGUCAGGGACCAUGAUCAUGUAACUGGACUUUACCGCGGAGCUGCUCAUAAUAUGUGUAACUUGAAAUAUAGAAUUACAUGGAAACUUCCAGUGGUCUUCCAUAAUCUAAGAGGUUAUGAUAGUCAUCUGAUAAUGCAGGAGAUUGGUAAGUUUAAGAUGAACAUUAACGUUGUCCCAAAUAACAUGGAGAAAUACAUUUCCUUCUCAUUAGGAAAAAGUCUUGUGUUUAUUGAUUCUAUACAGUUCAUGGCUUCUUCCUUGGAGGCGCUUGUGGAUAACCUUUCACCUGAAGACUUCAAGAUAGUCGGUCAGCGGUGGCAAGGUGAGGACUUCGAUCUUGUGAGACAGAAAAGUAUAUUUCCAUAUGAAUACUUAGAUGACAUUAGUAAACUAGACUCUGAGGGGCUUCCAAGUAAAGACAAGUUCUAUUCGUCUCUAUAUGAAUCUGAAGUGAAAGAUGAAGAUUACGAAAGAGCUCAAAAAGUUUGGGAUCACUUUGGAAUGAAAACGAUGAGGGACUACCACGAUCUUUAUCUAGAGACUGACGUUCUUCUACUAGCGGAUGUCUUUGAGAAUUUCAGGAAAACCUGCCUGGAGAAUUACAAGCUUGACCCUGCUCAUUACAUCUCAGCACCUAGUCUAAGUUGGGACGCGUUCCUAAAACAGUCAGGUGAGGAAAUAGAAUUGGUAAGUGAUAUGGACAUGUUCCAAUUCUUUGAGAAGGGAAUGAGAGGUGGGGUAAGUCAUAUUGCUCAUAGACACUCCACGGCGAAUAAUAAGUACAUGGAAACGUAUGACGAAGAGGCCGAAAACAAGUUCCUUAUGUACCUCGACGCGAACAAUUUAUAUGGCUGGGCGAUGUCUCAACCUCUUCCAAAUGGUGAGUUUGAGUGGAUUGAGGAAGUUGACAAAAUAAAUAUUGAUGACUACUUAGGGGGUAGUGGAAGGGGUAUGGUUCUUGAGGUUGACAUGGAAUAUCCAGCAGAACUUCAUGAUAUACAUAAUGGUUAUCCUCUAGCUCCAGAAAGUAAGGAGAUUGAUGUGUCAAUGUUAUCGGACUAUGCCAAGGAUAUUGCUGAUAAAUUCCAGCUGACAAUUGGAGGUGUGCGGAAACUGGUAAACUCCUUAGGUCCCAGGAAGAAUUACGUUCUACAUGUUAGGAAUCUGAAACUCUACAUGGAACUCGGAAUGAAACUUGUGAAGGUUCACAGAGCAGUCUCCUUCAAGCAGUCAACUUGGCUGAAAAAAUAUAUUGA